AUGCAGUACCCAGGAUUUUUACGCGACUACGUUUUGGGCCCCCAAAGCCGCAAGUUCAAGCCCACUUCACUUGCACCGUCGCCAUCCAACUUCCCCUGGACCCCUGCUACCCUGUCCGGCCGACCAAGUGUGCGCGCCUCCCACCACGCGAGCGAGCCAAGCCAAGCCAAUAUUGCUGCCAGCUUCCCCCCCAAAUCGACCAUCCAUCCCGUCCCAUCUUCGCCCGCGCUCGUCCACUCGUUGCUCCUUCUUAACCUCGUCCUCCCCCCAGCCAGAACCAGGGAUCGUCGCCGCCUUCCAAGAGCCUCACCUUGCCUCGUCUUGCCCCUUCGCCAGAUCAGAUCCGACAGAGCUGAUCGUCUCGACGACUCGACCACGGCGGGCAACUUCUAA